UAAUGGCAGUCUUGAGAUUUCAGAAUGCUUGAGGUAGUCAUUGCAAAUGUUUGUACACCUGUUUUCAGAUAGAAGAAUUAAAUGCAGAAAUAAAAGAUAAAGUAGAAAAACAGCAGAAGUUGGAAGAAGAAAGAAAGGAACAGAUUACUUUAAUAAAAAAGGUCCAUGAACGAGAGCAUGUUCGUGAAAUCUCUGAACUGAUGACUCAGCACGAAGAGGAAAUGGAGAAGCUCCGUGCUGAACUAAAUAAAGAACAGCAGCACCUGUUGGAUGAGCUUCGUCAGCAAAUGGCAGCCACACACAAAGCAGAGAUUGAGCAAGCUCAGCUCCAGUCACAGACGCUGCACAACCUUGAAUUGGAAGCUUUACGCCUAAGCUUAAAUAAUAUGCACACCUCUCAGCUUGAGCUUACACAGUCUAACUUGAGGAAAGAAAAGGAAAUUGCCCUUGUGGAACUACGAGAGAUGCUGAAUGAUAAGCGUGCUCAAGAGGUAGCAAUUCUGCAAAGCCGCCAUCAGCUGGAGUGUGAGAAGAUUAAAGAACAGUGUCUGAAGGAAAAAGAACACCUUAAGUCAAAGUAUCAGCAAGAACUAGUUGAUCAGAGAAAGAAAAUAGAAUUGGAAAUGGAAGAGACACGUAUCGAGGCAUUAGAGACUCUCAAAAGAGACUGGGAAUUGCAGUCUGAGAUGCGUUUAAAAAGCAUGUGUGAAGAACUGUCUGAAAAACAUCAGACUGAAGUGGUGGAACUGCAGAGAACUCUGGAAGUGGAGUUAGAAAAAGUCAAAACAGACCUGGAGCUUCGUUCUCUUGAGAAUGAACAGUCUAAAA